AUGCGGCCGCACGGGCACCUCAAGCGCAUCGGUCUGAGCGAGUCCGAGUCGGAGGAUGUCGGGAGGAAGUUCACCGGCGCGACGCAAGAAAACGCGCGCCUGGACAACGAGGACGUUGCGUCGGUUCGCUCCGCGACGCUCGAGGCCGCCUUCGACGACGCUGUGGCCGCGGACCCGCACUUCCCGCUGCCCGUGGGCCUCGACCCCACGUCGAUCUUCCCCCCCGGCGGCGUCAACGACUGCAUCAGCAUCAUGCUCCCUGCCUACCGCGAAACAGAAGAAGAACUUCGAUUGAGUUUGCUGUCGUACACCGUGGACAACAUCCCCGACACGGACAUGCGGAACGUCCUCGAGCUGUACGUCGUCCUCGACGGCCACUCCCCGGACCAGCCCGAAGACGACAACCCGACGCUGUCCGCAGUCAAACACCUGCUGUUCGCCGGGGCGACGUCGGAGGUGCAGCGAGUGGACCACCCGUACUUCCGGCUCUACCGCGGGCGCUACCACGGGGUGCCCUUUGGGCUGUACAUCAAGUCGCCGCGCCUCCGGAGGGGCAAGCGUUUCUCCCAGAUCCUGCUCGUCGAGCUGCUGCGAGUACGCGCCGACCUCCUGGGGAUCUCCCCGUUCGCGCUGCUGUCGUGCGACGCCGACACCUACGUCACCGGCUGGAGCCUGCACGUCCUGCGAGAGGCCCUGGUCGCGAACCCGAGCCACGCCGCGGUCUCAGGGCAGAUCUUGCCUGACAACAUUCGGUGGAAAUGGGGCCUGUUCUGGCCCAAGCAGCAGACCGUCUUCUCGCAGUACAUGGAGUACUCGUUCUCCUCGAUCAUCGACAAGGCGUUCCAGGCCGCGUUCGGCUCCGUCCUCGUGCUCCCGGGGGCGUUCUCGUUGCUGCGCUUCUCCGCCCUGAACGACGUCUGGGCGGCGUACUCGACGCGCACGCGACAGGGGCAGCUCCUGAGCAUCAACUGCCUCGACCUCGGCGAGGACAGGUACCUCACGACGCUGCUGCUCAUGGCCGGGCACAGCACGGGGUACGUCGAGAGCGCCAUGGCCUUCACCAACGUGCCCGACGACUGGACGGCGCUCGCGGUGCAGCGGCGGCGGUGGUACAACAGCACGGUGGCCAACUACCUCCUCAUGAUCGUCAACUGGCGGUGUCUGGCCCGUUUCAAGCGCGGGCAGUUCGUCGUGUACUUCUUCCUGUGUUUCGACUUCCUGGCGGGCCUGCUCCAGCCAGCGAUCAUCCUCGCGAUGAUCUCGACCGUGGAGAUCCCGGCCGCGUUCCUUCCCGGCGCCCUCGACGGCAACGCGUACUUUCGAGGCUUCCGCACGUUCGAUCGACUGGCGUGGUUUGGAGAGGUGCGCGCGGGCUGCCUGGGGUGGCUUCUGGGCUCGGCGUGGAUGCUGUGGGGUGCGCUGAGCGCGCGGCGGCCGGAUUUUCAUCGCUCCAGCGGGAUGUGGGUGUGGCUGCUGCCGAUCUUCGCCGCCUACAUGUGGGCGCUUGCCAGCAACAUCUGGUGGACGCUGGAGUUCGCCUCCCGGGCCGCGCAGGCGCUGAUGUUGGUGGUUCCGUGCGCGCUGCUCGGCGUGAUGGUGCUGCGCAGCCGGCUGGCGCAGUGGAGCAAGCUCGUCGCGUCUACGGCCCUGGUGUAUGUCCUCCACAUGCCCUUCUACGCCGUCUUCGUGCCGCUGUACGGGAUCGCCAACUUCAACAACGGCACCUGGGGCACGCGGGAGGCGGAGAGCGGCGACGUUCGGCGCAGUGUCGCCGAGCAGGAAGCGGCAGCGGUCGAGGCGGAGCGCGAGCUGCUCGAGCACGUCAUCGACACGGAGCUGCGCGCGGAGGAGCUCAUCGACCACGCCGCGGAGACGCGCGUCGUCGCGGACCGCUCCCCGGGGGGUCAUUUCUACGGGUCAGACGCCAUCGGCAGCCCCGGGCCCGCGUACGCCAUGAGCCCGUCCUGGGCCGCACCAACCCCAUUGACAGCUCAGCCAGUCCUCGCCCGCGCCACGGACGCGUUCACGCGGCUGAGGCAGUCCCAGUCGGGGACGCCGGGGCGCAUGUUGCAUGUCAAGCCCUUCACCCCUUCAAACGUCGACAUCGAGCUUGCGUAUCAGGUCGCGUCCCUGGCCGCGCUCGGGGGGCUGAUUCCCGACGGCGGCGACGAGAACGAGCAGCGGCCGCUGCUGGCCGGGCGCGGGCACGGCGACUUCGCCGGCUUCGUGCGGUGCCUCGCGGACCUUCCGCCGCACGUCGCGCUGGCGGAGGUCGCGGCCGAGCCGGGGAUCCUCGUCGACGGCUCGCACGCCGCUGCGUUCCGGCAGUUCGUCGCGGGCUGGCGGAAGCCCAUCCCCCCGGCCGCGCCGUUCUGGCCGAUUGACCUGCUCGCGCGGCAUGUGCGCACGUGGACGCUCACUGAGAGGCGGGACGCCCUGUUGGCCGCGUGGCUGGUGUUCGUCGUGUUCUCGGGGCUCGGAUUCGUGGUGUGGAAGAUCCAGGCGGUCGAAGCAGCGGAGCGGACCCGAGACAUCGAGAGGCUCCAGGGCCGGCCGAUCGGCGAGGAGGCCUCCGCAGGGGACCUCCUGGGCCCUCUCGUUCUCAUGUCGGUGUAUGGCCCCCUGCCUGCCCUCAUCAAGAUCGUGGUCUCGUUCGCCUGGGCCGCCUGGAACGGACAGUUCUGGUGUUGCUGGAUUUCGAGGGCCGCGGCGAUGGACCGCAUGAGCAUGCAGGCGAAGGAGAGGGCGGCGAACGCGCGCGCCCACGACACCUACAUGGCAACGCGUGCCGGGCAGCCGAGGGACGGGUCGAAGCGUCCGCAGACAGCUGCGGGCGACCUCAGGCGCAGGGCGGCGCUCGACGCGCCCUCUCAGGUGUAA